AUGGGCGUAUGGGGCGGUCGUGGUGACCGCAUGGGUCGCUAUGGGAAAGAGUCUGAUGAUCAUGACUAUAGGGACAUGGACUAUCGCGGCUAUGGGCAAGAAAAUAGACUGAAUAGCAGGUUAACAAAUGUAAGACAGCACGAGCCUGAUAGUAGUUUUGAAGGCAUGAGAGAUUUUGCCUCAGGUAAUUUCUUGAAUAACCGACCCGUAUUCAGACAAAAGGGAAACCAUGGAUCCAAAAACAGCCAACUUGGAAAAAGUCUCCUCCAAAGUCCCCCAAAUGAGAAUAUCCACUCAAGAUUCCAGCAAGAUGAUGAGGAUUAUGAGUUUGACCCAGAGAUUGAUGCACACCGGAGAGAUAUCCAGACAUUUAGAUCAGGACAGAAGGUCUAUCUGGAUGAACAAACCGCAGAUGAAGGUGAAGAAAAUGAGGACAACACCUGGGGCAGAGUUAAAGGGCGGCACAACUCUCAGGGCGAAUACAGUGCAGAAUGGAGAGCUGAGGAAGACAAACAUAUCAGACAUUCUGCACACAAACAAGGGUUUCCUGACCAAUCCCAACCAGCUAGGGACAAAAUAAGAGAUGGAAGCUUUCAUCAUGCUCUAGAAAUGAGCCAGGAGGAGCCAGAACCCCGUGACCAGGACUACAGGUCUGAUACAGAGCAGGCCCAAAAACCCAGCAACAUUGUCAUGCUGAGAAUGCUCCCACCAAAUGCAACUGUUAACGAGAUUCGGGCUCAACUGCAAGAGCAAGGGAUCCAGCCCAGAGAGAUUCGCCUCAUGAGGAACAAGUCUUCAGGUCAGAGCAGAGGAUUCGCCUUCGUCGAGUUUAAUCACUUGCAGGAGGCCAGCCGCUGGAUGGAGACCAACCAGAGAGUGCUCACUAUAUUGGGACAGCGUGUAUCUAUGCACUACAGUGACCCAAAGCCCCGUGCUAAUGAAGACUGGCUCUGCAAUAAGUGUGGAGUACAGAACUUCAAACGAAGAGAAAAGUGUUUCAAAUGCGGAGUUCCAAAAUCAGAGGCUGAGUUGAAACUGCUUCUGGUGCCAAAGAGUUUACCUCUGGGGCAAUUAAAGGACUCCGCUCAGGGUUUACUGCCCCUUCCUGCCAUAUACCAGACAGCAGCUCCACUAAUCAACUUAAGUUCCUCGUCCCUGGCUGCCGAGGUGGCCAAUGACACUCUGAUUUUGAGGAAUCUGGGAACCCAUACAACGCUGGAGGCCAUUUUGUCUGCUCUGGCACCAUUUGCUACUCUCUCACCUUCAAAUGUACGGCUCAUCAAAGACAAACAGACGCAGCUCAACCGAGGGUUUGCUUUCCUGCAGCUCACUACUAUUGUGGAGGCUUCACAGCUGCUUCAGAUCCUCCAGUCCCUGCAGCCUCCUCUCUCUAUCGAUGGAAAGCUAAUUUCUGUGGAGUUUGCCAAGGGCUCCAAACGUGAUGUUUUUCUGACAGAUGGCAAUCGGGUGAGUGUGGCGACAGUAGCGAGUACAGCUAUAGCUGCAGCUCAGUGGGCCGUCACGCAGACGGCCCAGCUCUCGGCAGCAGCUCAGAGCGGUGAUAUCGGUGUGCACCAGCAGGGGGCGGCAGCAGCUGUGUUUGGGCAAGAGGCCGUGCAGGUUGUCAGUGCAGAGACACAAGCCUUUAAAGGGCGAGUGCCUGCGCUACUGACCAGCCACACAACAUUAGGUGCUACUGACGGAGGAACAGCCUCUACAGGAGAAACAGGUGCUACCUCCAUAUUGGCGCUCGCAGCAUCCCACACCCAACUUAUCACCACUACAACCUCCACACAAGCCCAUCAGGCCCCGGUGGAAAUCAUUGGGAAACCUCAGCCUGCUACCCCAAACCAGCCUGCCACACCUGGAACCGCUCUGGAGUGCCAGCCCUGCAAUUGCAGCUGUUACUACUAUAAUCCCCAUACGCAGCAGUACAUGUACUGGGAUGGGGAAAGACACACGUAUGUUCCUGCCCCGUCACAGACGUCCGAUGACACCACAGACGCUGCGGCCGCAGGAGCGAUCUCUGACCUUACAGGUGCUCCCAACAGCAGCAAGGACAAGAAGGACAAGCCCAGGAAUAAGACGGCACAGCAGAUCGCCAAAGACAUGGAGCGGUGGGCCAAAAGUCUGAACAGGCAGAAGGAGAACGGGCGAGUACUGAGCACUAACUCUCGACUGAUGGCACAGGGGAGACCCGAUGACAGACGGGAAUCUGCCAGCGCUGAUGCAGGCUACGCCGUCCUGGAGAUGAAGGUUGGGUUUUUACACAGUCCUCCUCAGGGUCUGGUGGCAGGAUACAGUGGAGAGACAGACAGUGAGGAGGAGGCUGGAGAGCGAGAGGAGAGGCUGACAGACUGGUCUGCGGUCAAAUUGUUCUGA